AUGCAGCAACAACACUUGCUACAGCAGCAGCAGCAUAUGCUGCAGCAGCAGCACCAGCAGCAGCACAUGAUGCAGCAGCAGCAGCAUAUGCAGCUGCAACACAUGAUGCAGCAGCAGCAGCAUAUGCAGCUGCAGCAGCAGCAUAUGAUGCAGCAGCAGCAGCAUAUGCAGCUGCAGCAGCAGCACAUGCUGCAGCAGCUGCUGCAGCAGCAGCACAUGCUGCAGCAGCAGCUGCAGCAGCAGCAGCAGCAGCAGCAGCAGCAAGUUACCUCGCAGACGAAGCUGAAGAUAAGAGA